AUGGAGUGGAGUCUGAGAGCUAUCCCUGUCUCUGACAACGUGGCAUUGAGAAGAGUGGCCGCUCAGUCAUCACAGUUUUGGGAUCGCAAUGCUGAAUAUGCCAUUGAUGGGAAAAGAAACACAAACUAUGGAUCCUGCACCCACACUACACAGGAGACCAACCCCUGGUGGAGAGUGGACCUGCUGGAUGUGACCAGAGUGACAGCUGUCACCAUCACCAACAGAGACGAUGUUCCUGAGAGGCUUGAUGGUGCUGAGAUCCACAUCGGUAACUCACUGGAGAACAACGGCAUCAACAACCUCAGAUGUGUUGUCAUAUCCCACAUCCCAGCAGGAGAGACCCACACCUUCCAGUGUAAAGAGAUGGAGGGUCGCUACGUUGUUGUGGUCAUCCCUGGCAGGAAGGAAUAUCUCACUCUGUGUGAAUUGGAAGUAUAUGGCACUCCUGCAGACAACGUGGCGUUGAGAGGAGUGGCCGCUCAGUCAUCACUUUUUUAUUGGGCCUAUACUCCAAGCAAAGUCAUCGAUGGAAACCGCAACUCUAACUAUAACUAUGGUGGAUCCUGCAGCAGCACUACUUUUAACACCAACCCCUGGUGGAGAGUGGACCUGCUGGAUGUGUACAGAGUGACAGCUGUCACCAUCACCAACAGAGGAGACUGCUGUCCUGAGAGGCUUGAUGGUGCUGAGAUCCAUAUCGGUAACUCACUGAAUAACAACGGCAUCAACAACCCCAGAUGUGUUGUCAUAUCCCACAUCCCAGCAGGAGAGACCCACACCUUCCAGUGUAAUGAGAUGGAGGGUCGAUAUGUUGUUGUGGUCAUCCCUGGAGAGAACAGGAUUCUCACUCUGUGUGAGGUGGAAGUAUAUGGCAUUCCAGCCCCCAAGUCAAAGAGAACGGUGGUGAGGAUGAAGAUCCAAUCAGAUGCUGAUCUGACAGACCAGGCAGUCAGUGACCAGCUCCUACAGCAGCUGCAUGUAGAGCUCAUGAAGCAGGGUGUGUCUGACAUUCAACUGCGCUGGAGGACUCAACCAGAUGGACAGAUUUUCCACCGUGAGGAAGAAGAGGAGGGUGGAACCACUCAGACAGGUGUCUGUGGAACUGAAGGGGGCUAGCCUGGUGAGAGACUCCAAGGAGACAAAAUAGUUUUAACAUUGGACUGUUUUGAUGACAUAAUCUAUCUACCAUAAAACUUCAAUUAUACACAGUCUCAAAUAAACACCUGUUUCAAAAUAAACCCAAGGUCUAAAUGAA